CAUUUUUAGCAAAGUUUAGAGUUCUGAUGUGCCAAUGGAUGAACCAUGACAACCAUGUAUUGUAACAUAGGUCCUGGAAGUAGAAAAACGGACUUCUCAUUCAUAAGAAAGAUUGGAAGAGGUGGUUUUGGCGAAGUUUACGAAGCAAAGUGCAUUUCUACUGGAGAAGUUGUUGCCUUGAAGGUUCUCGACAAAAGAAAACUAAAAAAAGAAGAAUACCGGAAAGUUUGCAAUGAGAUCGAAAUACACAAAAACAUUCAACAUCCGAGCAUCGUUAAGAUGUACGGAUGGUUUGAGGAUGUUAACUUUAUGUACCUGGUUUUAGAAAAGUGUUGCAAUGGAGACCUUCACCAUUUCCUUAAACGAAGAGGAAAUCCUUUACCUGAAAGCGAAGCUCGGGAACUAUUUGCACAGCUGGUAGAUGGUGUUAUACAUCUACAUAACAGUAACAUAGUUCACAGAGAUAUCUCACUCAACAACCUGCUCUUAACUAAAGACAUGACCCUGAAACUUGCUGACUUUGGUAUGGCUAAGCGACUGUCCGGACCUCAAGACACUCACAGAACAAUGUGUGGAACUCCUAACUUUAUGUCUCCGGAGACGCUGAACAAUGCUGGAAGAGGGUUCAUGGCUGACUGCUGGGCGUUAGGGGUAGUGUUAUUUCACCUACUUACGGGCGAGCUCCCGUUCGAGGACACGGGGGUUAACGAGAUCUUGCGGCGAGUUAAAAGUGGCAAGUUUCACAUUCCGAACAGCGUGAGUGUAGACGCACGCUCUCUCAUCGGCCUUCUCCUGCAAGCGGACCCACGUAACAGAGUCAGUGCACAGGAGAUUCUCAAACACUCCUUCAUGAUUCCUGCCCCGCAAACUGUGUUUUCCGGGGAAUCCGCCGACAGUGGUCACGGUACCUUGGAUUCCAACGAGUUUUCGGGACAGAACGACCUUUCCGAUGACGAGAUGAAAGUCAACCAGUUUCUACCGUCCUUUUCAUUACUGCCUUCACAAGCGAGUUCCAACAAACAGCGAGCCUGUCUCCCGGCUUUCCGUAACGCGCUGCGGAGCCGGAUGAGACCCGCCACAGCGUCCCCAACCUCUUCCGGUCCUCUGAAGAUCCCUCAGAGACCAGAUACCAGCCGGUGUAGUGAUACAGGCACUGAGUGUGAGGCUGGGAGAGGGAGUGAAGUGGCUGCUCCUGCUGCUAGACGGGGUAAACCUAAGUGUUUGAAUACUGUUAGGAUACCUCCUAGAUUACAGCAACGCAACGGUCUCGAGGUGGAGGUUUGUAAAAACGGUAGCAUUCAUUUGCGGAGAAAACUGAAGUCCGGGACUGAAGAGUUCCGAGUUAGUGGUGACGGUAUGGACAUUACUGUGCUCAUGGAGAAUGCUAAACAGAUUAGAAUGUCGUAUUCUACCCUGCAACCCAGAUGGUACGGGCGGUACGAAAAGCUGCUGUUCUGUGUCAACCAGGUUAAAUCCAGAACUCCUAAGAUAACGAUACACGCUAACACAGCGUCCGCUUACUACAUGGAAAACGGACCUGAACCUAACUUUCAAGUUGUAUUCAAAGACGGGUAUAGGCUAAAUCGUGAUUUAACGAGAUGUUACAUAACGGAUCCAGAAAAGAAGGUUACCAUGGCAACCCAGACAAUGACACCUUGUUUGGACAUGUCCCCGCUUCUUCAGGUAUAUCUAGACACAGCUAAGCUGUUGUACAAGCAGUGUGUAGCUGUGGAGCAGUGUCUAGCCAGUAUUGACGGGGUCUUAUUCCCGCUCAGAAUGGGAACUCCGCCUGUUAGAACCGCAGGAAACUCAAGUUUUGCGAGCACUACGACAGAAAGCACCCAAAGUACCUCAUACAUGUCCCAGAUGCCGUGUUCCAUGGCCAACCACAAUGUGUCCCAGAUGCCGUGUUCUAUAGCAACUCCAACUAUCAACGAGCAGGACGCACAGUUGGAGGAAAAGUGCACCGUCGGUACCUCAACUCCCAUCAACGAUUUGAGAAGAUCCCCGAGUCUCGGACAACUAAACUGCCGCUCUCCGCUCACCCCAAUAACUCCCGUACGACGUGCUGCGUCCAUGUCACCCCAGAAACGGGCUGGAAGUGAACAGAAUCCAAACAAUGCUGGAUAUAAGAAUGAGGGGGAUAAGGAGAAUAAUAGGACUCUACAGAACGACGAGGAGUAUGUGAAAUACAAACCUGGGGUCGGCUGGCUUGGGUUUAUGAAUGGCGGAGCUAAGCUGAAGUUUAAAGAUGACAGUGAACUGUUGUUACAGCAAGGAGGAGAGGUCCUCCUUAAACAUCCUACCGGCCCGAUCACCAGCUAACAUCCCCUAGGUUGCAAGGACCAGCAUUAGAAGUACACAAAGACAACAUUACUGAGCUGCUCAGGCUACAACAAGUUCAACAAAGAUCUUAGGAACUCAGGGCUGAGAAUGAGAUAUUUCUUCAAAUGUGACAUUUGCCCAAUUGUGAUUUGUGACACUGGUGCAGAUGUGACUGUUAGUUCCAGUAGCUUCGAUUGCAGAAAUAUAUCUCCAAUCUGAUAUAAUGCAACUACUAGUUUACUCCUGAAAUGUAGCAGCAUGAUCAAAUAAAUGAUGUCGAUAAUGGACCUUGUUUAAUCUUUUUUCAACGAUCUUACAAAUCUCAUCUCGAAAACUUGUUAUGAACCUUUCAAAUAAAUCAUAUUUUAGCCUCAAAAGUACGAAUUAAGUAUGCCUGGUGCCUAUGAUAUUCCUAACUUGUCAAUAUGCCGAUAGUUUGUACAGUACUGUUUAGCCUAGCUUAGUUUAGAACAAAACUUUAGGAGUUGUAUGUUCUAAAAAGCGAACCACACAUUUGUUUUGACACGUGCUAGCAAUAUGGUCACGUGCCAGCAAUAUGGUCACGUGCCAGCAAUAUGGUCACGUGCCAGCAAUAUGGUCACGUGUCAAAACAAGCUGGGUUUACCUUCUCAAACAUACCUGCACGAAUUAAGUUUUGGUGAUUAUGGUCUGGUGUGUUAAAUGUUAUUUGUGAAGCUACGGUGUUAUGUUAAUUUGACUUAUAUAUGACGCCACACGAUCAUGGUGUUCGUUUUACCGUGUUCAUUUUUAAUUAUUUUCUCUGUUAUUUAAGGAGAUUUUACUGUAUUCUGUUAAGUAUAAGCGCUCAAUAUAUAACGUUAUUAACGAACUAUGAUAUAAUAUACGGUAUUUUGUAUAAAUUAUGUUAUAUCCUUAUUAUUAUUAGUAUCUGUAACUAUCUAUAAUGAUUGUUGUUUAUGUUCAGUAGCUCAGACACUGUUUUGCAUGAUUUGUUCUUGAAGUUCAACCUUAGAUAAAGUUGCUUACGUUCCUUUAUAUUAUGUUCAUAGUGAAUAAUUCUACGUGAUUAUGUGUGCUUUUAGUUCGAUAUCUUCCGGGAUUUUGUUGAUAAACGCAUUAGUUAUUUUUCGGUUAACUUCUUUGUUCAUAGACGCGCGAUUUAAAAAGGCUUUAGUAAUUACUAAUUAUUCAUCAAGAUUUCAUAAUUGCACUAUUUUCACUUACGUGAAGCAGCCAAUAGAAUAUUAAUUUUUUUGGUCGACAAUAAUUUGUAUCUAGCAGAAUCUUCGAUAGCAGUGAGUAGAGGAGAUAAAUUUGGUAUAGGGCUGAAAUAGUAUUGUGAUAGUACUUACUUACAGAAUGUCCCUUAUCUUUCAGUUUCAGCUACCGAUAUAUAAUGUGAAAUAUUUUGAUUUAAGGUGGUUUAAUUCUAUUUAAC